AGGCCACUCCCGAUUGCACAGUUGCUUGGGCAACGUAAACAUUCAGACCCACUUAUGACUAUAGUUUUUUACUUUAGCCAUUAUUAUCAUUAUUAAUACAGAUCUAAAACAUGAGUCAAGGAAAAGAGAUUCUUUCUGCUGUUGAAGCGGAGGAUACUAAAGAUCAACAAGUGACACCUGCUGAGCUCAGUAUGCACCCAGAAUCUGGAUUGAAGACAUCAGAUUUCUAUAAGACUGAAAACAUUCCAGAACGAUUUAAUCAUCCUGAUUGGUUUGAAGGGUACAACACAAAGCAAUGUCACCCAUUCUACCAGACAUCAGCUGGUGAUUACGGAUCAAAAUUUCCGUCUGUCCAUACCAUGCCUACACAAUUUCAUGGAAGGACACAAAAAUUCACUGGGGGGCUUGGGAAGUUUGGGAUGUACAGAAAUCACUCCCUCAACACUGCUAGGGACUAAGGAACUAAAAAUUUUGUCUAUUAUAAUACGAUAACAAUUAUCUCUUCAGUAUCUACAGUUCAGACAUUGAUUAUAAGCUAUUGACUUCGAUACAACAGGUUCAAUGCCCUCUUG